AUGGAGUCCAUUCUUGCCACCCUCAAGCCAUUUGCGGAAUACAAACAGCGGUCCUACGAAAUCUCCAAGAAUGUACACAUCCCGCUUCUAGAAGGGCUCAGCGACCCCUCCGACGGCCCCGUAGUCGUCUUCCUUGGCGACGGCAUCUUCGAGAACAUGAUCACGACGGGCGAGAGCCCUAACUUCCCCGCCCCCUGGCCGUCGCCCGCGCUGCUUUCAGAGGCUACGCUAGCCACAUGGGCUGAAAACCCAAACAUGGCCAUGUACCGCGCGAGCCGCCUGCUGAACGCCGGGGUCAGCGGCGACCGCAUCCAGAACCUGGUGUACCGGCUGGUGGGAGACGAGGACGAAGGGGGGACGCUGCCGGGCCUCCUGCCGCUCCUGGCGCGGUGCGGGACGGUUCAGACGUGGGUCUUGCAUAUAGGGCGGGAGAAUGUGUCUGCCGAGAACGAUGGGCUUUCGGACGAGGAUAUUAUGGCCCUGAAGCAGCUGGUUCUAGCUUUGUUCAGCAUUAAUCCUGCAGGGGGCGUGAAGACCAAGAUAGUGCUGACGUAUAUGUUUGGGGAGAAGCUUGAGGUGUACCGUGGGAAUGAAGCAAUUAAAAACCUAGAGAAGAGGUUAAAUAAUCCGGACACUGGUAUUCGGAAUACCCUGUGCCUACGGACACCAGCUGGGUAUAUUCCCGACCAGCACUUGGUAGAUGACGUCCAUUUAAACUUGGACGGGUAUAAGAUAUUCGCUGAGCUUUUGUGGUCCAUGGCGCCGGCGGGGACCUAUGUCUCGGGCGAACAUGGGUAUAAUCUCGAUCUCCGCAAAAGGAUCAAGACUGAAACCGAGACCAAAGGGGGUGGCGAAUAA